AUAAAUUAUAAAUAUUUUGGGUCGGUUUUGUUUAAGUGAUGGACCAUGGGCAGUAACUCGUAUUUAUAUUUUUUGUUUCUAUUAUGGCUAAGUUACCUAAUUGUAUCCUCAAUUCUACUGUUUACCAAAGGUUUUCUGUUAUCAAAAGCUGUCCAAAGGAAGAAUUCCACUUGCCUAUCAUACAGUGAAGUACCCUGUGCCGAUUCCUCCGAUUAUCACCCGAAUUUCAACAAUGACGCCUGUUCAAUCGACGACAAAUUAAAUUCGAUAUUAUUAAAGUACCAAAGUGCCUCGUCUAUAUGCUUACCAUCGAGAACAAGAGUCGUUUUGCUCAUUGUUGAUGCUUUACGAUACGACUUUACGGUGUUUGAUGAGAAAAUUAGCAAUCCACUGCCUUUCCAGAAUAAGCUACCUGUUAUAAAUAAUUUAGUAAAACAUCACCCGAACCACAGUAGAUUGUACAAGUUUAUCGCCGAUCCUCCCACGACUACCAUGCAGAGAUUGAAAGGCUUGACUACGGGAAGUUUACCUACGUUCAUAGAUGCUGGUUCCAAUUUCGCGACUUCUGAAAUAAGUGAAGACAAUUUAAUCGAUCAGCUCAUAAGGCAUAAACACGGUGUGGUUUUUACGGGCGAUGACACUUGGAAUGGACUGUACCCCAAUCGUUUUACUCGAAACUUUCCAUAUCCCUCAUUUAACGUUUGGGAUUUGGAUACAGUUGAUAACGGUGUGAGGGAGAAUCUGCGAAACGAGCUGAAUAACAAUGAUUGGAGCUUGUUAAUCGGGCAUUUUUUGGGAGUCGACCAUUGUGGGCACAGAUAUGGGCCGAAUCACGCCGAAAUGGAGAGGAAACUGGGCGAAAUAAACGAAGUUAUAAAUAACACUGUGGCGAAAAUCAACGAAACCGAGAAUAUGGUUUUGUUUGUAAUUGGAGAUCAUGGUAUGACGGGAACAGGAGACCAUGGCGGUGAUAGUCCCGAUGAAGUUACUGCUGCUAUGUUUGUUUACUCAAAUCAACCACUAUCUGAUUUCGAAAUGGCUGUAGAUAGUGUUAAACAAGUUGAUUUGGUACCGACUCUUUGCACGCUGUUAGGAGUGCCCGUUCCGUUUCAAAAUUUGGGCAUUCUAAUAUUAGAUUCUUUGCCAGUAUUUACUAAAUCAGAAUUUUUGAAAAAUUGGCAAUUCAGCCUGUACUCCUUGUGGGCUAACGUCCAGCAGGUGUUCGGUUACAUAAAAGAAUAUGCAGAGAAUGAAGGUACAUUCGAUAAGGAAAAAUUAAAAUCUUUCCAAGAAAAAUACUCUGUAAUGAACGCCAAAAUAAUUUCUGUAGCUAACGAAGAGCAAUUUCAAACGUUUACAGUCGAUGCUAUUCAGUUUCUGAAGGAUCUUCGUAAAUUGUGCGAACAAGUAUGGAUCCAAUUCGAUUCAUAUUCGAUGAUUAGAGGUCUACUGUUCAUAUUUCUAAGUACAUUCUUUGCGUUUGUAAUAGUUGAUGGAAUGCCUGCUGAUGUACUUUCUAAAGUGUUUUCCAGUUCCUUUAUCUACUGCUCUUUCGCCAUGUUGUCUGUUGCAACCGUUGUUGCUGCAGUCCUCUAUUCUUUAGAAAUGACCGAAGAAUUGUUUAAAAUGGUUUUCUUCCUAACGGCUUUCGUAUCUCAAGUGAUGUUCGCACUAUUGAUUGUACAAAAUUGGGAUGACAUCACAUCGAAUUGGUACACCAAAAGAAAAUCCGAAGGUGUCUCCAAUAUAAUUUGUAGAUUCAUACUAAUUUUCAUUCUCGGAGGCUUGUUUUCAAACAGUUAUAUAAUAGAGGAAUCGUUUGUGCUCCUCUUUCUGUUAGUAACCGUCGUUUUAAUUGGCUCAAUCGGCGUUAACUCGAGGAAAAUAGACGCAAAGAAGAAAUCCGCUCCACCGAAAUUCUGGAGCUGGUCCAAAUUGAAAUUCGUUUUGCUAGCUAUCGUAGUAGCAGUAUUCGUCAGAGGUUCCGCUUACUUUUGGAAAUGCAGACAAGAACAACAAUGGUGUUUCGGUCUACACAUCAUCGGUACGAACGUUACCAAAACGGAAACCACCAAACUUCAAUGGACCGUGACCGUUAUUUUCCUCGGCAUGUUCGUCUUUUUCACCAAAGAAUGGCUGAGAAACGCUGGAAAUAUGAACGGUUAUUCUCUAAACAUCACUCUAGCUAAGUUUUUACCCACGACUAUCGUUGUUUUCAUGUCGGGGUAUUGGGCUAUGAAAAGAAUGCCGGUUAACAAACAACCCUCGGGUUCUUUGAAUUCGAUGAAUUCCUUACCGUGGGCUGUUUAUGGGCUUACUGCUAUUGGAAUAUUCGUUUGCCUGUUUAAACCUCUGUACGCAUACGUACUUCCGAGUUACAUGAGAGAAUCCAGCGUUCCUUCGCUGUACAGGAAAAUCAAAAAUAUCGCCGAUAAAGAAAAGCGCGACGAAGACAUUCCGAUUAUUUACGGAAUGGGAACGAUUUACAGCGCUGCUUUUAUUACAAUCGGGAUAUAUUUAACGCUGUUAUUCGCGCUACUUUUAGGAGACGCGAUAGCUCCAUCCGCUGUUAUCAUGUUCUUCACCGCAGCGUUCGUUUUAAUAGUAACCUCAGUACUUAGAAUCGAAAAAACGACUAAUAUAGAGCAAUUAUUCGAAGUGCCAAACGUAUCCAUAUUAGUAUGGAUAAUUCUAGCCCAUUAUUUCUUCUACGCUUCGGGGCACCAGCCCACGUUCACCGAUAUAGCAUGGGAAGCGGCCUUUAUCGGUACAUCGGGAGUGUUUUCCAGCAACUUCGUCCCGGCAGCUCUGGUCAUCGUCAAUACUUUCUGCUCGUACAUUUUAAUGGGCAUCCUCCUGCCGCUGGUGCUAAUAACGCCGUUCACCAUAUUCGUUACGAUUCCAUCCAUCUGCGAUAAGAAGCCGGAGAUAAAGAGCGAGGCCUGCAAAGGAGAGGUCAAUUUGUUCGAAAGGGACAAGCACAUGAUGACUUCUGUGUUUAUUUUGUCUUGUAAAUACAUCAUUGGCCAUGCGAUUAGGGUGUUUGCUAGCAUGCUAGCAGCUACAAUUCACUGCCGUCACCUUAUGGUGUGGAACAUAUUCGCCCCGAAAUUAAUCUUCGAAUCCAUAGGAAUGUUCGUUACUUUGGGAUCGGUGAUGAUCGGCUAUCUGAUUUUGAUGAGAAUCAACAGGCAAGCCGAAAAAUUGAUACAGACUCUUAAUAAAUUGAACUAACUUUGUUUUUAUUUCGAUUAACGUUCCGCUUUUUAGACUGCCACGUUUUGUUGUUACUAAUUGUAAUUUAUUU